AUGCGUCUGCUUGCCUCUUGGCCUUUGCUCGUGCUCACCUUUUUUUCCAGUUCUUUGCCAUGUUACCCACAGGAAGAAGAAGGAAACACUUGCAAAACACAAAAAACUUCCUGGCUUCAAGAUUGCGUUUUAUCCUUAUCGCCAACCAAUGAUCUUAUGGUGAUAGCCCGGGAGCAGAAAGCUGUAUUUCUAGUGCCAAAAUGGAAAUAUAGUGAUAAAGGAAAGGAAGAAAUGCAAUUUGCUGUUGGUUGGAGUGGCUGUUUAAAUGUCGAAGAAGGGGAGCAUGUCACCAGUGCCCUGUGCAUCCCGCUGGCAAGCCAGAAGAGGAGUUCCACGGGCCGCCCUGACUGGACCUGCAUCGUGCUGGGCUUCACGUCGGGUUCCGUGCGCUUCUACACGGAGAACGGUGUGCUGUUGCUCGCACAGCUUCUGAAUGAGGACCCCGUGCUGCAGCUCAAAUGCAGGACCUACGAGAUCCCACGGCAUCCGGGCGUGACCGAGCAGAAUGAAGAGCUGAGUAUCUUAUAUCCUGCUGCCAUUGUGACUAUUGAUGGAUUUAGCCUUUUUCAGUCUCUUCGUGCUUGUCGAAAUCAGGUAGCAAAAGCUGCAGCUUCAGGCAAUGAGAACAUACAGCCACCACCGUUAGCUUAUAAGAAAUGGGGUCUGCAAGAUGUUGACACUAUCGUUGAUCACGCUAGUAUUGGUAUUAUGACGCUGUCCCCUUUCGAUCAAAUGAAGACUGCCUCCAAUAUCGGUGGAUUUAACGCAGCCAUUAAGAACAGCCCACCUGCCAUGUCUCAGUACAUCACUGUAGGGUCCAAUCCGUUCACUGGCUUCUUCUAUGCUCUAGAGGGAAGCACACAGCCGUUGCUCUCUCACGUUGCCCUCGCCGUUGCCAGCAAACUCACUUCUGCUCUGUUUAAUGCCGCCAGUGGUUGGCUCGGUUGGAAGAGUAGGCACGAGGAAGAAGCUGUCCAAAAGCAAAAGCCAAAGAUGGAGCCAGCCACCCCGUUAGCUGUCAGGUUUGGGCUUCCAGAUUCUAGACGCCAUGGUGAGAGCAUUUGUCUAUCUCCCUGUAACUCUCUGGCAGCCGUAACAGAUGAUUUUGGCAGAGUUAUUCUAUUGGAUGUAACCAGAGGAAUCGCAAUACGCAUGUGGAAAGGGUAUCGGGACGCCCAGAUUGGUUGGGUCCAGGUGGUAGAGGACCUCCAUGAAAGAGUCCCAGAAAAGGGGGACCCCUCCCCCUUCGGGAGUCCCCAGGGCCCCAGUCGAGUGGCUCAGUUCCUCGUGAUCUACGCGCCGAGGAGGGGGAUCUUGGAGGUGUGGAGCACACAGCAGGGACCCAGAGUGGGCGCGUUCAACGUGGGCAAGCACUGCAGGCUCCUGUAUCCUGGCUAUAAAAUAAUGGGCUUAAAUAACGUCACCAGUCAGAGCUGGCAGCCACAGACCUACCAGAUCUGCCUCGUGGACCCGGUGUCUGCAGGUGUGAAAACAGUGACGGUUCCUUUCCACCUGGCUCUGAGUGACAAGAAGAGCGAACGGGCCAAGGACAUGCACUUAAUGAAGAAAUUGGCAGCCUUGCUGAAAUCAAAAUCUCCCAGUCUUGAUUCGGUUGAAACAGAAAUAAAGGAAUUAAUUCUCGAUAUUAAGUACCCUGCAACCAAAAAGCAGGUGGAGUCUGUUGACGAAGGGCUGCUCCAGUUCUGUGCCAGCAAGCUGAAGCUGCUCCAUCUUUACGAGUCCGUCAGUCAGUUAAAUGCCCUUGGUUCUCCUGCAGACACGUCGGUCUCUGAGAACGACUUGGCUGUACUGCUAAGGCUGGAUGAAAAGGAACUCGUGAAGCUCCAGGCAUUGCUAGAGAAGUACAAACAAGAGAACAGCAGGGCUGCUGUCCGCUUUUCCGAUGAUCAGGAUGGUGUGUUGCCCGUGAAGACAUUCCUGGAAUAUCUAGAGUAUGAGAAGGACGUGAUCACCAUAAGGAAGAUGGGUGAAGAGGAGCACGUGGCUCUAGGCAGCUUCUUCUUCUGGAAGUGUCUGCACGGAGAGAGCUCCACGGAGGACACGUGCCGCACGCUGGAGUCGGCGGGACUCAGCCCGCAGCUGCUGCUGUCUCUGCUCCUGAGCGUGUGGCUUUCUAAGGAGAAGGACAUCCUGGAGAGGCCGCAGUCUGUCCGCUGUCUGCCCACGACGCUGUCCCUCCUGAGCCGGAUGAAAGUGGCCCUCGACGACACGUGGGACUCCCAGUCGGUGUCCCCGUGGUGGCAGCAGAUGCGCACGGCCUGCGUUCAGUCUGAGAACAACGGGGCUGCCCUGCUAUCCGCGCACGUGGGGCACUCGGUGGCCGCACAGAUUUCGGACAGCGCGACCGAGAAGAAGUUUUCCCAAACAGUUUUGGGUGCGGACGCGGAGGCCCUCACGGACUCCUGGGAGGCCCUGUCUCUGGACACCGAGUAUUGGAAGCUGCUGCUGAAACAGCUGCAGGACUGCCUCAUCCUGCAGACCCUGCUGCACAGCAGAGCGGACACGCGCCCCGCCAGGGCGCCCUCGCUGCCAGCCGAGCCGCUCCCCCGGCUCUCUGUCAGAAAGCUCCUGGAAGGAGGGAGAGGUGGCAUCGCAGACAGUGUGGCCAAGUGGGUAUUUAAACAGGACUUGAGCCCCGAAGUAUUAAAACUGGCUAACGAAGAAAGAGAUGCAGAAAACUCAGACGAACCCAAGGAAGGUAUCAGCCGAGGUUUAUCUGAGGUGUCAGAGGUGGACGUGAACUUGGGAGCCAUACCAGACCUGCUGCGUGCGGCCCGCGAGCAGUUCCCGUGCAGCCUGGAGCUGGACGUGCUGCACGCACACUGCUGCUGGGAGUACGUGGUGCAGUGGAACAAGGACCCGGAGGAAGCACGUUUUUUUGUGAGGUCAAUAGAACACUUGAAGCACAUCCUUAACGCACAUGUUCAGAACGGCAUCGCCCUGAUGAUGUGGAACACGUUCUUGGUGAAAAGGUUUUCUGCUGCCACCUACUUGCUGGAUAAGGUUGGAAAGUCACCCAAGGAGAGGCUAUGCCGAAGGGACGUGGGGAUGAGCGACACGGCGAUGACCUCGUUCCUGGGCUCCUGCUUGGAUCUCCUGCAGACUUUAUUGGAGGCGGAUGUUGGCAGGGAUGAGAUGCAGGCGCCUGACCUGGAGACGGAGGAUGCGUGGCUCGCGGUCGAAGGGCCCAUCUCCAUCGUGGAACUGGCCCUGGAGCAGAAGCCCAUCCACUACCCGCUGGUGGAGCACCACUCCGUCCUGUGCUCCAUCCUGUACGCGGUCAUGCGGUUUUCUCUGAGGGCCGUGAAGCCACUGUCGCUUUUCGACAGUAAGGGGAAAAAUGCAUUUUUCAAAGACCUAACUUCAAUUCAGUUACUACCCAGCGGAGAAAUGGAUCCAAAUGUCAUUUCUAUACGACAACAGUUCUUGCUGAAGGUUGUCAGUGCCGCUGUCCAGGCUCAGCACGCGGGCGCCAGGGAGAAGGAGGCCUCGGACACGGCCCCAGCCGCUCCUCCUGGGCAAGACCUGGAGUGGCCAGUGCUGGCCGUGGACUUGGCCCGUCACUUUCAGGUUAACGAAGACGUGGUGAGGAGGCAUUACGUGGGGGAGCUCUACAACUACGGAGUGGACCACCUCGGGGAGGAGGCCAUCCUGCAGGUUCAAGACAAAGAGGUCCUUGCCUCUCAGCUGCUGGUGCUGACGGGGCAGAGGCUGGCGCACGCGCUUCUCCACACCCAGGCGAGGGAAGGCAGGGAGCUGCUGGCCCGCCUGUCGCCCACUCUCUGCACCUGGCUGAAAGCGAUGGACCCCCAGGAUCUUCAAAACACAGAAGUGCCAAUUGCAACGACAGCUAAGCUAGUGAAUAAAGUCAUUGAGCUUUUACCAGAGAAGCACGGGCAGUACAGUCUAGCCUUACACCUGAUCGAAGCUGUGGAAGCCAUAGCCAUUCCUUCUCUAUGACCCGUCCACGUGUGUGACUAGCACGUGAAGUAGUGCAUGGUUAUUUUAUAUAGUCAGAGCUGGGAUUUGAUGGAGGGAGUCUUCUUUUUUUUUCCUUUUGUAUGUAAAAUGAAUUUAAAAAUAUGUAUAUUACUUUUAAAAAGUACAGUCCUGGCUCAGUUCCACUCCUUUGGUUAAUGCCGAAGGUAAAAUAUAAACAAGUAUCAAUUAUGGCAAAAUAUGAAUAUCAAUGAUACUAUUAACUACUCAUACAGAUGGUUUCCUGUUUAUAUCUAAUUCAAGCACUUAAGUAGCUUUAUUGUUAAAUUUUGCUAUUUAAAAUUGGUUAUAGUUUACAGAUUAUGUUCUUAUUAUAGGAUUCUAUAUUUCAUAUGCAAAUGUUAUUGUUCUAAGUAAAUUCCAAUGGUCAUGUAAAUACAGUCCCAUCAGUAAAAUCAGAGAAACGCCCCCCUCACUCUCCUUUCACAACUGUUAGGAAGAUGCUUUUGUUACGCGCUUAAUCUCUCACGGGACUGCCACCCAGAGUCCUGGAAGCUGACAGGUUCCUUUCCCAGAGGACAGUGACCGUGCAAAAGAGUAACACGGUCAAGGUCAUCGUAUCCAUCAGAAGGGACAUUAGCUAGAACCGUUCUGGUACCAAAGGACCUGCCUGUACUUGCCAAAACUGAGAAUCUGAGAUGUGAGCCACACACCAAAAUUAAUAACACAAGGUAAGGCUUGCUUUUUGCCAAGAUUCAAAAGCGUAUCCACAUCAGUUCCUUGUAAAAAUGUAUUAUCUUGUAAAACUUACGUUUAAAAAAAGGGGCAAAGAUGCUAAAAAUGUAAGUCUAGCUUUAUUUUUCUUACAAAUGUUUAGAAAUGUCUGCCGCGGUAACGUUCUCUGUUCUGGGGAACAGUAAGAAAAUGCGUCGUGACGUUAAAGCUUUAGCAAACCUACCUCAGGGCUGGCUGAGAGGAUAAACACAACUGACCUUGUACCCUCAGUGCCUCGCAGUCCACGUGCCGGGUAAUCUGAGUAAAACCCAACCAACCCAACUCUAAAAAGUGCUUUGGGCCCUUCAGAUACCAAGCGUUUACACUGGUGUGUCUGGGAAGUAGCCAUACCGUGCGGUCAGUGGUACCUGUUGUUCUUCGUGUAGCUCAGUGUGAUAGAGGACAGAGGUCCGUGCUGCUCGUCCCUGGAAGAAGCCACUCGAGCAACUGCACGGGGCUGAGGAGUACGUGCUUCAGGGGCAUAAAGAAACCCUCUGAGGGCAUCCCAGUGUAAAUGCUCUUGAACUACAGAUCACAUCCAAAUAGGAACGCCCCUGUCUAAAACUUAGCAACUCCCGCUCCAUUGACAACCUCGGAAGAGAGCUGUGCAGGCUGUUGGGCCUGAGGAGGCGCCGGUGCAGGUGGCCCCUGACGCAGGUGGUCUCUGCUGCCCCUCCAGACGCACUCAUGGUUUCUGGUAGCGUAGGCAGCUCAGUCACUUGUUACGAUCAGUCUGAGACUGGUUCUUCCUGUGAGCUUUCUACAUAUUCUGAAAGUAGUGAUACAUUUUGGAAGCUGGUUAAACGUCUUGGAAUUACAGGCAUUUUUAAAGAUUCCAUAUCACUUUGGGGGGAAGACGAACCUAAUCAGCAUUUAAGCUAAUAAAGCCGCUUGAGCUUAUUCUGGAAGGACGCAAUCACGUAGAACCAUAACAAAUCAAGUCUCUAGUUAGAUGUGUAACCUAAGAUUCACACCCAGAAUUUUAACGUUGAGUGCUGAGUUGUAUGGUUAAGAAAACAGUUACACAAGUUACUAUUUCAUCAAGGGCUUUUAAAAUAAACCUGACAGAAGGAAGACAGAGCUCUGUGCAGGCAGGUCUGCUCUGCACUUAAUAGACACUGAGUGUGUAGUGUACAGACCGAUGGCAAGACCAUCAGUAGAUCGGUCACGAACUGCCUAACUGCAGUGGCCUGGACUGAACCCAGGGUUGCCGAGGUCUGCCUGCACAGUCUGCAGCAAGGAAGAGCCACAGUCAAGGAGUGAGGUUUGACGUCGAGUGGCUGGUUCUGAAACAAAGGGCUUACUGCACUUACCGCAGUUACUGAUGGAAGCCAAUAACCAGCAGUUUUCCUAGAUACACGCCUCCCCCGGCCCCCACGGCAUUAAACAGGCGUGGUGCCCGUGUUCAGUCCCGCUGUGAUGCUGAAAGAACAAGCAUUCACGUGAUCACAGCACCUACGUCACAGGUGUGUUUAGAUGUAGACUCCCAAGAGCCAGGAUGAAUGUAGAUAAAGAGGAACAAACAUGAGGCUUCUAAAUGCUGCCUUCCUUUCAAAGAAAAAACGGAAACAACAGGCUCUUCUCCAUUUCACCUUCGUUAUAAAAAUUCAUCUUAGGUCAAAGUAAACACCAUUACGUUUAACUAGCUUUUUAUAAAAAAAAAAAUACACGAUUAAUUGCAAUUUAAAACCACAAAAAUCUCAGAUUAGUAAUACUAAGCUUAUAGGAAUAUAACAGACAUCCAGUUAGAAGUGUCUGUGAUUCUGUAAUUAAGAGAAAUGUUUCUGAAGCAGCAGGGAAAGCCCCUCAGCCUGACCGGAGUGGAUCUGUUGGACUUACAAGGGUUAGCUUUGGCUGAGCAGUCAGCCAUCCUGGAAAGUGGAACCAGUGCCGAGUGGUGUGUGGAGCCCUCGGUGGCCUAGCGUCAUGUGCUGUAAGUACUAGUCUGUAUAUGCAGUUCUGUAUAUACCGCUGUUUCCUGUCUGCUCGUUGUUGUGAAUUUAUGUAUAAUAGUGAAAUAAACUUCCAGCUUUCAUGUU